CCGCCAUUAUAACGGCGGCCGGUCGUCGACAGAGUCCUCGUCUAUCCGUCACAAAGCGCCGGGCGACGUCACGGAGCCGAUCGACCGGACCGCGGGCUGGACCCAGGUCAGAUUGGACCGAGAUCGAACCAGAGUGACAUCCGGGGACCAUAGACCGCCUGGUCCUGCUCACUGUACGGAAUAAUCGUCUGGUGCAAGAGCCGCUAAAAUUCAAAAUGCUGCGGGUUCUGGUGGUGGUGGCAAGCCUGGGGCUGCUGGAGGCGCAGACUACCGAACCUGUUACGACGAAUGUGCUGAUCCAGCCACUGGAUAACAUCAAAACCAGGGGCACCCAGGCGUUCGUGGGCGCGAUAGGGGUCGGCACGCCGCCGCAGAUGAUGCCAGUGACCUUUGACACGACCUCUGACGUGUCUUACGUGGUCUCGGCCAACUGCACGGCACCCGUGUGUGCAGCGCGGCCGCAGUACGACGCUGCACUCUCGUCUACCUAUCAGGCUAACGGCAAGCCGUUCGAGCUGCCGUUCGGACAGAACGUCAGCGGCGCGCUGUCUCAGGACUCUGUCACCGUGGCCGGCAUCACCGUCAACAACAUCACGUUCGGCGAGAUCACGUCCGUAUGGUCCGACUGGUACAACAACCUGCCGCAGUCCGGCGUCGUCGGCCUGGGUCCGGCCGACUCUGUGCUGGACGUGCUGGCCGCGGAAGGUCACAUCCCGGGCCGCCAGUUCGGUCUCUGGCUGGGCCGUGACCCGGCCGGAGGAGAGCUGACCCUGGGCGGCCUGAACGGGCGCCGGUUCAGCAGCACGCUGACCUGGGCUGAACUGCUACCAACCGCCAAACGCCAGUGGACGGUGACCGCUGAGCAGGUCACCUUUGAGGGCCGCCCCGAGCUGGGUCUGUGCCCAGACGGCUGCUCCGUGGCUCCCAUCAGCACCACGCCCUUCUUCCUGCUGUCGAACACCAACGCAGACGCCGUGAACGCCAUGCUCGGCGGCACGGCGUUCGGCGCGGCCGGCGCCGUGGCGCUCGACUGCCGGACGCUGCACAAACUGCCGAGCAUCACCAUCAGCGUCCAGGGGCGGGCCAUGCCGCUGUCGCCGCUCGAGUACACCUUCCACCUGCUCUUCCCCAACCACAUGCAGAUGUGCAUCUCGGGCUUCCUUGGCGUCAGCCACCUGGACGACAGCACCAUGAUGCUGGGCACACUCUUCAUGCAGAAAUACUACACCGCUUACGAUGCCGAAAACGGCCUGCUAGGGUUCGCCGAUAGCGUUUAAAGAGCACCACUGUGCUUAACUCUUUUCAAUCAUAGACACCUUUUCAGCGGAGUUUUAUUCUGCUUUCGGUAUGUGUACGCAUGUACCUUGCUACCUUUUUGGAAAAGUAUAUUUGAUACAACAUUGCUCUAUAUUAGUGCAAAUGUUGUACUUGUGACUAAUAAACGCUUG